CCCCUCCCUCUCAUCUCAUUUAUCUACAUCUUUGCAGUUUCCUUCUUAACUAAGUUUAUUCCUCUCUCUCUCUCUCCUCCACCUUCAAGAUCCUUUAUUCGGCCCCUCUUUUUCCACCCCUCUCCUUUCUAUUUCCGGUCCGAUCGAAGCGGUGUCCCAUUAUAUUUCAGCGCCUUGGUCGUCCCGAUCUCUCCUCUAUUAUCCGCGGUGCUGUUUCUCCAUGGAUUUCGCGGAGCGCGCACGGAAGUGCCAGGAGUACGUGGAGGCGCUCGAGGAGGAGCGCCGGAAGAUCGAGGUCUUCCAGCGCGAGCUCCCCCUCUGUCUCCAACUCGUCACCCAAGCGAUCGAGAGCAUUAGGAUGCAGAUCUGGAGCAGCGAGGAGACGGUGACGGAUGGGCCCGUGCUGGAGGAGUUCAUCCCUUUGAAGCCGACCUCCUCUUCGACCGAAGAGGAGAAGGGCGGCUCUAUGGAGAUGGAACAAGAGAGAUCGGAGAAGAAGCCGGAUUGGCUCCGAUCGGUCCAGCUCUGGAACCAGGAGACCGACCACUCACUCCCUAAAGGGGAUCCUCCGAAGAGGCCGAUCGCGGUGAAUGCUAAGAAGAUCGGCGGAGCCUUUCACCCAUUUGAAAGAGGGAAGCACGCCCCGGCGGCGCCGGCGGCGCCGGCGGCGAGCUCAUCUACGGUGGGCGGUGGAGGAGGCGGCGGCGUUGGUGGGGAGAAAGAGAAGGAUAAGGAGGGCCAGUCCCAGCCUCCCAGAAAGGCAAGGCGGUGCUGGUCAGCGGAGCUCCACCGCCGGUUCCUCCACGCCCUCGACCAGCUCGGCGGCUCCCACGCGGCGACGCCGAAGCAGAUCCGGGAGAUGAUGAAGGUGGACGGUCUCACCAACGACGAAGUCAAGAGUCAUUUGCAGAAAUACCGGCUGCAUGCUAGACGGCCAAACCUAGCAGUCCAGAGCAGCAGCACUAGCAAUCCCCUGGCCCCGCAGUUUGUAGUUGUCGGCGGACUAUGGGUCCCACCGCCGGAUUAUGCAGCUGCUCCUGCUGCAUCCGCAGCAGCACAACCAUCCCAUGGUGCUGGUGCUGGUGCUGGUGCUUCCCCAAAUGGAGUUUAUGCUCCUGUUGCAUCGCUGCCAUCAGAUCUGAGAUACCAAAAGCAGCAGCGUGAGAAGCCGUCACAUAGUUCUCCCACUGGGCCACUACAUUCAGAAGGUAGAUGCAGUGGAGAUGAUGGUGCUACCAAUUCAGCUUCCCCUACCACCUCAUCAUCUUCUCAAACAACAACUGCUUCACCUCCAUAUUGACUCUUCAGAGAGCAGCAGCUGUAAAGCAUUUUUUGGGCUUCUUUUUGUAAUGAGGGCUUACCACCUUUUAUGUUUUCUGUGAUGGAAAUAAAUAAGUAGAUAGAUAUAAAUAUAUAUAUGAAAGUAUGUUUUGUUGUUUCUCUGAUGACCUGUAUGUGAACAACUCAGUUAAAACAUCUUCAGUAGAGUUUGCCAAGCUUCUGAUC